AUUUAAAAUUGAUGGGCCUGAAUGUCUUCUUCCCUUCCAGACUUCCAGAGCCCUGCAGCAGAGAAAAUAAGAGAACGAGAUCAGGUCAUCCUCUGGUGGACAACCUUGCUGACUUCCAUCGUGGAGAGAGUGCAUGACGCUGAGGCCAGGUGGGAGUAUCCAGUGGAAUUCGGCAAGGUGAUGGCUGUGAAAGCCGUUUUGGAGAUAAUGGAGGAUGUUAGAGCGCAUCUGGACCCUGGCUCCUUCUUCAGGAAAACCCUGGACACCGUCACGGAGCUGAGCAAAAUCAAGCCGCCGUUGUCUGAGGAGCUCCGGUCGGCAGUGCUGCACGUGGCGGUGUCCGGGGCCAACUACCUGGAGCCAGGGACCCAGAAUGAGACCUUUCAAUGUCUCAAAAGGAUGCUUAGGGGGUUUCUGGAGGAGGCCCCCUCGGCUCACAACUUGGCCAGCAUCUUGACGGAGCUCCGCAUUUACAGCACUGCUCAGGAGCCCCAACUGCAGGCUCUGGCCCAGGAAGCCUGCAGCUGUCUCCUGCAACAUGCAGCCAGCCUGCCAGCUUUUCAUCUGACAACACUGAAGCCAAAAGAAAUAAAGAGCAGCAUCCAAGAUGACCUUGUCUUGGAAGAGUUCGAUGAGGAGGAGGAGUUUGGUGAAUGUUGAGAGAUAAGAAGCAUAAGAAAAAGAACUUGUGCAUAAGAAAAAGAACAUUUCAUAAGAAGAAGCAUAAGAAAAAGAACUUGUGUCCACAGCACAAAAAUUAAACCAAGAUGUACCCUGAUGAGGCCUCUCUCAAGGCUCGAAUUCAAGGAAAAAGCCACGUCUCAGCUGCAUCAAGUGAUGAAUAUCAAGUGAAAUAGCCUAUCUUCCCUAAAUGCUUACCUGGAGUCAGUAAUGGGCUGGAUGAGGAAAAACAAACUGAGGUUGAAUACAAGGAAGAUGAUUGGAAGAUAGGAAGUGGCUUAGAUCUGUCUGUUCUGGAAGGGGUUACACUCCCCCAGAAAGAGUAGAGUAUUCCAGCCAAUUAAAAAUGAAGACCUUUCUAAGCCAAUGCACACACUGGAACAGCUCUUCACUCCAACCCUGAUAUCUCAACUGCCCACAAUUAAAAAAAAUCUCAGUCAUCGGCUCUGAUUCCAAAAAAGGUGUUUUCUACCUAAGCCUGAACAGGGACUUCCAGUCCAAGACAUGGAUGAUUAUGAACUCAACAGAGCCUCCAGAGACUGCUCCACUCCCAAAAAAGGGAGACCAGAGAAGCCACACCAACAUCACCCUUCAAUCCUGAACAUGACGUAGAUCAUGAUCUGCUUCACUUGGAAGGCGAUACCAUCAACCCUAGCUGGUCUCCUCAACACUGACCUCCUCCGGACUGAAGAGCCUCUCCUAUACGAUACUGAUGAUACAGAAGAGAGUCUACAUGAUACCAAUACUCUCCGGGUGUCAGAGAAUCUCCUUGCUGUCGGUACUCUCCAAAACACUAAUCGGAUUUGGUAUAUUGUGACUGAGAAAGUUGACAUUGAGAUGACUCUACAUCUGAUCAUGCCUGAUCAUUACGCUUACUUCUUCGACAACAGAUAUGGCAUUGAUCAUAGGAAAAAAUAUCUCCAGCCUUGCUCUUGGGCUUCACAUCAACACCAAUCUCUGGUGAGAUUGGACCAUCCAGACUCUUGGUCCCUAUCACACUCUCCUCAGCACUGCAGUACUUGGUCUCAGUCAAGAGAGAAGAGAACUCAACCAUGUAAGCAGCCAGAUGUUGACUCUCUACCACCGGAUUCCUUGACUGAAGAAUCUGCCUCAGAGGAAGAUGCAGAAACAUCCCUGAACAUUGCAUCAGGUUCCACACCUUCAGAUCUAAUGGAAGAUCCAAAGCCUCUGUCUCCAUCAGAGUACCUGAAGCUCUUCACUGACCAAGUGGUCCAUGGGGCUAACUCUUUAGGUAUCCAGAUGAACAAACCUCCUAAAUCUUCUCCUGAUCCCAUUUUUGGGCCAAUUGAUGCGGACACUUGGCACUCUAACUUCCUACCACUGAACUCUGCUUUAAUGGACAUUGUCAAAGCUUGCUGGGGGAAACCUGCAUCGUUGCCACCUACUUCUAGGAAGCUGGAAGGUUUUUACAAGGUUCAAGCUAGGGACAGUCAGUUCCUUCUGCACCAUCCUACUCCUAACUCCAUGACAGUUGAAACUGCUCAGUUCCAAUCUAAGAACAGAAUCCUUUUGGCACUGACAGUAUGAUUCAGUCAAUAUAUGCUGUGUUAGCUCUGCACCAGCACACAUGAAUGUGUUCAACUAGCUUGGCACCUGAAACAAGAACAAGAAUAGUGUCGUGGGCAUGCUGGAAGACUCCGAGGAGGAGUUGGAAGUGGAGACAGAGCUGAGAGCAGAGGAAGGUGGGCAAGGACCAGAAGUUGCAAAGGAGAGUGGGUCCGAUGCACAAGGAAUCAAAGACGAGUUAGAGCUGGGUGAGGCAGCUCUUGUGGAGGAGGCAUGUCCAGUCUAAGCUGUGGAGAGGCGCCGGUCCACGAGACAGCAAGAGUUAAGGAGCCGCGUGCGUAGAAGAACAGGCAAAGCUGCUGACUCAGCAACUCUUAAUUAACAGCACCGGGGGUCAGCCUAUAUAAGAUGCUACCCUGCUGAUAGCAACAAGAGUUUCCUGCGAGCUAAUUGGCUGUGUUUGUGUAUUAUUUGGACUGUGUUUGGAGCCUGCACUGUGUUGACCUUGCCUGUGGAUUUGGCUUUGGACUCUGUUGGAUUGAUUGGAUUGACUCGGACUGGACCUGGUUUGGAGAAUGGAUUCCUGUUAGAUUUUGCUCUUCUGCUUCUGCCUCUAUUGCGCUUCGUCUGGCUAGCCUGACAGAUUUACGACAAAGAGAGAACUUGCCUCUUGAUGGCCAGGCCCCUGUUGGAAAGGAUACAAAACGGAAAGGAUACACAAACUGAGAAAGACAGGGAAAUCUAUGAACUCUCAGCAACCUGCCUACAAUUUUUCAAGGGGUAACAAAUAUUCCUGCUCUUCUUCUGCAACAUCAUUUUGUCCUUCCAACUACUCUCCCUCGGCCGACCAUUCCCUUCAUCCUUCUCGGAUCUCCCAAUUUCAAAAAAGACAGGACGCACUGGGAAAAGCCCAACAUCCCAACUCUAAACCAUCAGUAUAUCACAAAUCUAAACCAUCAAUGUACAGCUCAUGACUCAAGGAUCUGCAACUAUUAUUCCUUACAGCACUGAUGUGGACUUGGGGUUUUUUGUUCAGGACUACACGACCGAUAUUUUCCCAGUAUUUCAGAAGGCAGGAUUACUACUAAAGCACAAGUCUGGCAAGACUGGUGAAUAGUAUACAACUGUUUGUCUCUAGUCUUUUGCUCCUCUUGGGGAACCCCUCCUUUCAAAGUGUCUGCAAUACAAGUUUACCACAAAAUGUUACAGGGAGAAUGUUUUGUGCCCUCCUCCUCACACAACAUUGAUGUGCACAGAUACUUCAGAAGCCCUAUUCAGACAUUAUGUUGUACUAGUUCAAGAUCUCUGUACACUUGUAUAUGGCUUUCUGUGAAUGACUGUAUGGGGUUCAUUUUUUAAGGGAACCUGGGUACGGGACCCUCAAAUGUAUGAUACAGAUAGGAAGUGUACUGCUGUCCCUGUGUCCAAUGUAACAUGUGCA